UCCGCCAGGUGGCACUGUGCAAUUAAGCAAAGCUAGCGAGCAAGUCUACUCCCACGCCACACAUUCAGUCAGACAACAUUCCCUCCUUGUGUGCGUGUUUAGUUUUUGCAGCCAGUGCGCACUAAAGCGGCUUCUUCUUCUUCCCUGGAUUCAACGCGUGGGUUUUUUUUCCUCACGUGUCUGCUUUUUCCUGCUAUGUGACAGUGGGCCCACUGCGGCGUGAGUGUUGUUUGACGCAAAUCACGCGUGGCACAGACGCCGGAUCGGAAGACGACCUCGAGGAAGAUUCGAGAAAAGUCAGUGACCGGCCCGAUCCGAAGCCUUUGCCGCCAUCGCCAUGGAAACGUCGACCCAGAGACGCAGCGGGCGCGGUGCCAGCUCGCCUGCCCGGAUCACCCGCCUGCAGGAGAAGGAGGACCUGUGCAACCUCAAUGACCGGCUGGCCGUUUACAUCGACAAGGUGCGCUCGUUGGAGGCAGAGAACGCGGGCCUGCGUUUGCGCAUCACCGAGUCCGAGUCGCAUGUCAGCCGAGACCUGAGCGGCAUUAAGGCGGCGUACGAGGCCGAGCUAGCCGACGCCCGCAAGACCCUGGACCAGGUGGCCAGGGAGCGGGCUCGUCUGCAGCUGGAGCUGGGCAAGGUCAGGGAGGAGUACAAGGAGCUCAAAGCCAGGAACAGCAAGAAGGAGUCCGACUUGGACGCAGCUCUGGCCCGCCUCCGGGACCUGGAGGCUCUGCUUAACUCCAAAGAUGCCGCCUUGAGUACAGCCCUGGGCGAGAAGCGCACCCUGGAGGUCGAGAUCAAGGAGCUCAAGGCUCAGCUAGCCAAGUUGGACGGUGCCCUGGCAGACGCCCGUCGUCAGCUUCAAGAUGAGAUGCUUCGUCGCGUGGAUGCCGAGAACCGUCUGCAGACAGUGAAAGAGGAGCUGGAGUUCCAGAAGAACCUCUACAACGAGGAAAUCCGCGAGUCCAAGCGUCGUCACGAGUCUCGCAUGGUGGAGAUCGACAGUGGGCGGCAGCUGGAGUUUGAGAGCAAACUGGCAGAGGCUCUGGCCGAGCUGAGGGCUCAGCAUGAGGAGCAGGUUGGACUUUACAAAGCUGAGCUGGAGAAGACUUAUAACGCUAAGUUGGAUAAUGCCCGGCAGUCGGCUGACAGAAACAGCCACUUGGUGGGUGCUGCGCAUGAAGAGCUACAGCAGACACGCAUUCGAGUGGAGGGCAUGUCGGCUCAGCUCAGUCAGCUGCAGAAACAGUUGUCCCUGAGUGAAGCGAAGGUGCGCGAGCUGGAGGACACGCUGAGCCGGGAGCGCGACCUGAUGCGGCGCAGGAUGGAGGACAAGGAUCGCGAAAUGGCCAAAAUGCAAGCGCGCCUGCAGCAACAGCUGGACGAGUACCAGGAGCUCCUUGACAUCAAACUCACUCUGGACAUGGAGAUCAACGCCUACAGGAAGCUGUUGGAAGGCGAGGAGGAGAGGUUGCAGCUGUCGCCCAGCCCUCAGCCCGGCCGAAUGACGGUGACGCGUAGCUCGGGCUCGUCCCACAGCCACAGCCGCCUGCUUCACGCCACGCCCGGUAUCGCCUCCAGCAGCCGCACGUCCUCGGGAGCCGCCAAGAAGCGCCGUCUCAAUGACAACGACAGCGACACAUCCAGCUUGGCGGCGGCCGGGGGCACCGUCACCAAGACGCGCAUCAUCCAGCACGCCGCAGCCAGCGGACGUGUCACUGUGGACGAGGUGGACCAGGACGGGAAGUAUGUGAGGCUCAGCAACAAGAGCGACGAGGACCAAUCCCUGGCUGGCUGGCAGUUGAAGAGACAAGUGGGCGAAGACGCGGCCAUCAUCUACAAGUUCCCCCACAAGUACACCCUGAAGGCUGGAGCCACCGUCACCGUGUGGGCGGCGUCAGGUGGCGGAAGCCACUCCCCCCCGUCGGAUCUGGUGUGGAAGAGUCAGGACUCGUGGGGCACCGGCGACAUCCUGCAAACCGUCCUCAUCAGUGCUGCUGGAGAGGAAAUGGCCAGCAGGAAAGUGACCCGCACCCUCUUCCAGGAGGAUGACGAUGACAUGGGAGCUCACAGCACCAGCGGUGAGAAUGAGUACAACCUGCGCAGUCGCACGGUCAUCUGCGACUCGUGUGGCCAGACGUCGGACCGUGGCCACGGCAGCCACGGCGGCGGAGGGCCCGAAGGCCUCGUGGGACAUUCCUUUUUCGUGGCCGACAACCUGCCCAGACAGAGUCGCGUCAAGCCUGAGAACUGCGCGGUCAUGUAAAAGCAAACUUGGCCCCGUCUCCUGUUGCGCAAUCAUGUGCAUCACCUCUGGGAUGUUUUUUUUUUCUUCCCAUCAUUACCUUCAAUUUUUUAUUUUUUUUUACAUGUAUCCACUAUAAACUUCUCUGCUGCUUGAAGCUCGCCUGAAGGCCACAGGAGCUUGCUUGUGUAUAAUCCAUUUACUGUAUGUUAUUGCAUGUGCGCUAACGCUUGUGCUAAUGCUAACAGACACAUACACGCACGCACGCUCGCACUUAGGCAAAUGCAUCCACUCGAGGUCACGUUUAUUGCUGUCAAAAGUCAACACGCACAGAUGGUGAACCCCAAUGCAAAACAUCAUCAGUUUUUCCGAUGUAAUUUAAACUGUGAGUUGGUUUUUUUUUAUUUUUGGUUUUCUUUCCAAUGAAGUGGUGGCAAAAUACAAUUACUUUGGAGUUCCAAAUUCUCAUUCAGAGCGUUAAUUUGUACAAAGUGAAAAAUUGUCAAAAUACCCAAAAGAGAUAUAGUCAAAUAUCAUUUUUUAAUUUAACUUUUUUUUUGUGGGUUUCAAAAAUUUUUCCAGAACUACACACGGAUGAAUAUUGUUAGCCUAAUACUUAAGUCAUAUUUGAAUGUUUUCGGAAAACAAGAAAAAAAACAUUUUUUUUUUAGCAUUUUUAUUGGUAUUAUUUGACUAAUAGUGCAAUUGACAAUAUUUUGAACUCUGUCACAAUAUUUGUACUUGUAAAAAAAAAAAAAAUCACUUUUCUUGUUCUCUGUAAACGUCCAAAUAGGUCUUUGUCAACUCUGCAUACCUUUGCAUAGAAACAUCAAGUGAAGCCGAUGAGGCUCGUUUGUGACGUCAUAGCUUGUGGCUAAUCAUUAACAAACCAUUU